AUGCCGCUCUCCUUGCCCGCCCCAUCCGCUCUUAGUCAGCUAACCAAGAAUCACAGGAAUUUGCCCUUGAAUCCUGAUUUCCCUUCUGAGAUUGCCUUGCGAAUUUUCCGUCCAAUCGGCAUUCCUGUACGAGAGACUGCUUCUAUAGAUAAGGCGGAGCGUCCUUGGCUACGCUUUGAUGAUACAAGAGGGAAGUUCUGUCAAAGUCUGUCCCCAUCCCAGUUCAUACUCUUGCAGCUCUUCCUAAGCCUUGUUGUUGAUCCUAUUCCUAUGAAGGGCGUAGCGUCGGAAAAGGUGAUGACAUUUGGUGUAGCUGUAGACAGGGGAAAGACAUCUCUUCGACGAUCUUUGUUGCAAUCGGUCGCUAGUUGCUUGCCUUCGCCCGAUUUACUGCUUCUAUUCCCGAAUGCUUCCACUUCUAAAUCUGUUGCAGAGAACACCCCAGAAGAAUCUAUGCCCCCUGUCUCUGAGGUUAGAAAUCUUUCUGAUCUUCAUAUCAAUCCGCAAGUCUUCUCCCCAUUGGUGAGAUUGGUCCCCUCCUUUGUUCUUUGUCCAGCUACUCGGUCAAUGAAGAUGGAAAGGGCAGUGAGUAAAGUAGCAGAGAUGAAAGUGGGGAUCAAAACUACUUAUAAAAGGAUAUACCACCUGUUGCCACAUUUGCUUAUUCAACUUCAAAAAAGAGUUCGCUACGGACUAUCUGAUGAGCUACUAACAUUAGCACUACCUCGACGUCCCACAGCUGAUUCUCAAGCAGCAGAUUCUGGGCAUGGAGAUCCAAUUUCUGAUUCACCUGUUCCAAGGAAGAGAUAG